CGUAGAAGAAUUUGAAGUGGAGGAAGAGAAGAAGGUAGAAGAAUUUAAAGUGGAGGAGGUAGAAGAAUUUGAAGUGGAGGAAGAGAAGUAUGUAAAGGAAGUUGAAGAAGAAAGUAAAGAGAAACUAAUACAAACAUCAGUUACCAUUACACCCCGUCCAAACAUCCAUAGUCUCAACUUGAAUCCCCUAAAGAAUCCAGAUUCCGGGAUCCCAACGCCUCGUCAACCACUUCGUAGCUUCGUUGUCAAAACAAGUGGCAUGUCACCUGUAUUACACCAGAGUGACAUCACUACAGAUGUAGAUGAAGUGGAUACUAAACAAUUUGAAGGGGAAGAGCAAGAAUAUUCAUUUGUGUCCCCAAGUAAGGAUACUACUAAUAAUGAUGAGUUCUACAGCUUCACUGAAGAAGAAUCUGUGGACAAAUUUACGGAAGAUGAAGAAGAAUUAGAAGGAGCAGAGACGUCUAAAGAAGCAGGAAAGAGUGAGGAUGAAGAAAAAGAAAUGUUGGAGGGAACUGAAGAAAGUGACAUUGAAGGUGUAGAGAGGUCAAGAGAACUGGGAGAAAGUGAGGAUGACCGUGUACUGAAAGUUAAAUGUACUGAAGAGGCAGAUGAUGACACAACCAGGCCACUGGAAGGUGAUGAGGAGAUGCAUGAUGAGGGACUUUAUGAUAAUAUGGAUCCAGAAGAAACUGAAAAAGCAGAGGAGGAAGCCCUUUCAUUUACGUUUGAUGAAAGAUCUGAAAGUACUCAUUCAAGUAUUGUUGAUAACGAUGAGUUUUGUAUUGGGCUUCCCUCUGAGAAUGAGGAUAUGCACGGUAUAGAGGAAAGAGCACAUGACACAUUGAAUUCUGCAGUUAAGGAGGGUGAAGAGGUUCCUGAGAUGUGUUUGAAUGAAUCAGAAAUAAUCAAUCCCCUUGAAUUUUCUGAUUCAGAAGAAUCAGAUACAGCAAAUGACAAGUCAUCAAAUAGGGAGCAAGAAGAAUUAUUUAUUAAUGAAAACUUAGCCGCAAAAGAAAAAAUAUUGUCUGUUAAUGAAGAUAUACCCACAGACGUAACAGAAUCAGACAUGAAGGAAGUGUGUGCCAUGGAAAAGAGUUACAUAACAGGAGAUAAAUGUGAAAAUCAAUCUACAAAUAAUGAACUUAAAGAAGAAGGAUUGGUAGUGGAGGAAACUGUUGUUGAUAAUGGUAUGCAUAUUAUGGACACAGAUCAUGAGAUCACAGAAGAGGAGGAGGAAAUGAUCGCUGAUGCUAUUUCUGAUGAAGAAGACGAUAUCUGCUUAUCCCUCAACGCAUCUGAACGCUUCAGUCCUUUGCGUUUUUCUGAUUCCGAGGAAGAAAAAAAGGAAACCGAGAGUUGUAUCAAUCAGGUAGAAGACAUCUGUAGCAAUGAAGCAAACUCAGCAGUUGAAGAAAAGCUGUCAGAAGUAAGUGAAGACCAGGGUGCUAAAAUACUUGAAGGUAAUAAUGCAGAAGAAAAAAGUAUGGAAGCAGAUAUCCCCGAAGAACAGAAAAUUGAGGCAAGUACUCCUGCCGAGAGUAGUAAUGAGCCUGAUGUCAUGGAGAGAGAAGAUGAAGCAACUGUUGUCCUGGGUGAGACUGUGGAAGCAGUUGUUCCAAAACAAGAGGAAGGCAGUGGGGUGACAAACAUUGAUCAGCUUUGUUCAAAUGACGUACAGGGAAAUGAAGGUGAAAUAUCUGCAACAACCUCAGUACUUAAGGAAAUUGCUGGUGUUUUGAAUGAACAAGGAAAUGAAGGUGAAAUAUCUGCAACAACCUCAGUGCUUAAGGAAAUUGGUGAUGUUUUGAAUGAACAAGGAAAUGAAGGUGAAAUAUCUGCAACAACCUCAGUGCUUAAGGAAAUUGGUGAUGUUUUGAAUGAACAAGGAAAUGAAGGUGAAAUAUCUGCAACAACCUCAGUGCUUAAGGAAAUUGGUGAUGUUUUGAAUGAACAAAGGACUGAAACUGUCACAGAAAAUAGUAAGUAUGUCAAAGUAGAUGAAAAAGGUUAUUCUGAACAGGAUUCUCAGGUCUUGAAAUCUGAAGAAGAAGCUUACCAACCAGUUGAAAUAAGCAGUGAAGAGGUGGUUCAGAAAACAGAGGUACUAGACUCUGAAGAAGUAACUGAAGAAAAACAUGAGGAAAUGGAAGUAACCAAGGCUAUUAAAAAUGAGGAAAUGGAUGUGAUGGAAAAUGAAAUGCAAGUUUCUAAAAUGACAACUCAAAAUGGCAAAGGCGGAGAAAAAAUAUGUCAGGAUAGUGUUUUGGGAUCUAAUUUGCAAGCAGUCAAUCAGGAAGUCUCAGUAAAGGAUGAUAAGAUUAUCCCAGACAAUGAAACCUCUAUGGAAGUUACUGAGGAAACUAAAUUAUCAUUAUCGCCAAAGAGGGGUUCAAGUCCCAUUGAAGCUGCUAACAUUCCACCCGAAGCUACAGAGGAUGCUACCUCAUCUUCACCAAGGAGUUCAAGACUUAGUAGUGUUGUAGACACCGAUACUACAAUUGAUGAAGCCAUGGUCCAAAAUGCCUCACCAACAGGGAGCUUCAGACAUGGUGAGAAAAUAUCCCAACCCAUCUCACCAAGCAGUAGCCCAAGACUUAGUAGUUCUGUUGACGCUUCUACAGUCCAUGAGGAAAUUACCCAAUCAUACUCAACAGGGAGGAGUUCUAGGCAUAGUGAAGCAGCAGGCCCCUUGACAUCAGAUAUUGAGAAAGAUGGCGUGGCAGUUUCGCUGAAGGGAAGUUUGAAACAUGGCGACGAUACAAAUGCCUUUACCAAAGUCACAGAGGCAUGCAAAAUAGUCUCAGCAAAGUUAAAUUUGAGUGAUGCAGAGAUGUCUCCCAUAGAUACUGAGGAAAGAACUUUGACACUUUUGCCAAGUUCAACACAGGAUGAUACUGUAGACAUUACUGUUAAAGUGGACAAGGAAACUCUAUCACCAGAUAAGUUUUCAACACAAGACUCUGAAACCACUCUCAAACCAGGAGAAAAACUUGCCAUAAAGACACCACCACAACAGAGUUUAGAAAGUUUUUGUGCAGACACAUCUUUGGUAACCACUCCCAAGAGAAGUGUAAGGCACACCCAUGGAAGCGAUUCACAAGUUGUAGUUGCAAAAGAAGACACCCCAAGUAAAGUAGCAACUCCUCUGAGACGAAGUCGCAGGCUGAGUUCUGCAUCACCUGCCACCCCAAGUACACCAAAUAGAACCAGUAAAACCAUCACUAAUGCAGAAGUUAUUACACCAACUAGAGAACUAUUUAAAGCAGCUGAUGUGGUUGAAAGAAUAACAAGAUCUGGAAGGAAGAUACUCCAAGUACCAACACCACUUACAAAAUCAAGAUCAGCUCAAGGUCCAACCCAUGACACUCUUGACAAGAGGUCCACAAGAGGAACAGUUGUACCUGAAGAAGUUGAAAAGGUUUCCCAGAAAUUGGAAUUAUCUCCUGGUGUUGCUACUCUUGGUGCAACAGCUUCUGUAUUAAAUCAUAAGAGGUCUGUCAGUCCAUCUACUCAGGAUGUCUUGCCAACUCCUCCAGUAUCGCCAACUGCACCUUCUGCUAGACAACAAAAAACACAAAACACUGAAGAAGAUUCAGGGCGAGUUAUUCUUACACGAUCUAGGAGACGGUCUGCUCGACUGAGUGUUUCAGAAGAAACACUUGAAACCAUUGUGGAAGGACAAAAGCUCGAAAGGGGUUCAGGGGGUUCAGAGAUUGAAGAGAAAGAUACCGUUUCUCAUUCAACCAAAACUCCAAUUAAAGGUACUCCAACAAGAACAAGGAGGUCAAGAAGGCUAAGUACCACCUCUGAAACUUUAGAAACCAUUGCAGAGGAUGCAGAACUUUCCUCAAGAGUAACUGGUGACCUCCGGACAGUGACAAGUACCCACGUAAAAAGCCAUUUAGGGGUAGAAGAGUGGUCUUCAGACGUUCCAGAAAAGAAAACCCCUUUACGAACAAGAAGGAAGUCAAUCACUAGUGAUACUGCUGAUGAUACCCCAGAAAAGAAAACCCCUUCACGAAGAAGGAGGAAGUCAGUUGCUAGUGAUUCUGUUGAAGUUACCCCAGAAAAGAAAAUCUCUUCACGAAGAAGAAGGAAGUCAGUCUCGAGUGAUACUGCUGAUGACACCCCAGAAAAGAAAACCCCUUCACAAAAAAGAAGGAAGUCAAUCACUAGUGAUACUGCUGAUGACACCCCAGAAAAGAAAACCCCUUCACGAAGAAGGUCAGUUGCUAGUGAUACUGUUGAAGUUACCCCAGAAAAGACAGCCUCCUCACGAAGAGGAAGGAAGUCAGUCACUAGUGAUACUGCUGAUGACACCCCAGAAAAGAAAACCCCUUCACGAAGAAGGAGGUCAGUUGCUAGUGAUAUUGUUGAAGUUACCCCAGAAAAGAAAACCCCUUUGCGAAGGAGGAGGUCAGUUGCUAGUGAUACUGCUGAAGUUACCCCAGAAAGAAAAAACCCUCGAAGGAAACUAAAAGAAUCUCUUGGUGGAAGUGACACUGAAGAUAUCUCGCAAAGGAACACCCUUGAUGUAACUGCAAGUACUAUCAGACAAACUAGAAGACGAUCAAUGUCAGAAAAAGGGAUAUCAAGAAGAGAAGAAACAAAUGCUUUAGAAAUUACUCAGAUUUCUCCAGAUAGAAUGUCCACCAGAUCCAGUGGGACAAGUUCAGUCACAAGUAUAAAAGACUCAGAAAGCAGCGAAGAGGAUAAUAUUAUCAAAAGGCGUUUUUCAAAGCGACAGUCAGAAAGGGGUGGCAAGAUAAUUAAACCCAUUCACCCAGUUGUUGAGGAACUAUCCACUGGACGUAGGAAGAGUCGUAGGCUUACUCUGUCCUCUACACUGUCUACAACUGCUAUGCUCCAAUUACCAAACCAGCCACAUAAACCUUCUCGAAAAUCUGUAACGUCUCUGAAGGUUUAUACAGAAUCAGAUGAAGGUGAACCCUUAUUGACCCCAGAGCCUGAUCACAGAAUCGGAAAAUCGAAAAAGUCUCUUCCAUCAUCCACAUCUAUAUUGCUUAUUCAGGGCUCAGAUGAGGAUGAAGAGAUGGUCUUAGAAGGUGGCAUGGACACUGCAGAUGAGGCAGACGAUGAAGUUUUGAUCUCGGCAAGUGUAAGCAUGGCACAGGACAGCCCAGAUCUGCCGUUGAACUUAAUUGAGGUCGUUGGGAAGGGUAAGAAUAAACGAAAGGGUAGCCUGUCACUAGGCCAGAAGGGAAGGAGAACCACCAAAAUUCCCAGGCGAUCACUACACUCACUCAAGAUCCAUGCAGAGACAUCUAAGAAUAAAGCAGAAGAUGUAACAGGUGUAGCUGUAACCACCACUAAACUUUCACAAAGAUCUUCACGGGGGUCUAAAGACACAUCAGUAUUAGGAAUGGCUCCAGAAGACACAAGUGUGUUAAAGGAAGCAGACUCAGAUAAUGAUGAUGUAUUUAUGGAGAACAAAGGAGAAAUUAAAAAAACUGUUUUAGAAGAAGAAGAAAUAGAAAAAGGACAGGAAGGGAAAGUAACCAUGACAGAAAUGGAAAAAGAGAAAAGAGAAACAGAUGAAGACAAUGAGGAACAUUCUACUGCACCACAGUUUCAGUUUGCAAAGCCUAAAUCUGUUACUAGUACAAGAAAAGUUCGAGCUUUGGAGUACCUCACAAGUGAAGCUGUAGAGUUUCUGUUUUCCCCCCCUCAGGUUGCUGGAAGGAUUGUUCGACACCAUGCCAAGUUAGAAGAAGGAGUCAAAACAAGCUCUAGUGAAUCGGAAACAGAAAGUGAAACAGGAAAAAGGACUUCACGAAGAAAACAAUAGUUUUACACAGGAUUCAGCCAAAUCCAAUUGUUACUGAUGUGUGCAUGUCCAAUACUUAAGUAGGUUUAUUCCUGUUAAGUUAUUCUACUUCAGUUUUACAAUAGUUUACAAUGGAACAGCUAUUUGUAUGAUUCCCAAGAUUUACAAGGUAUGGGGUGGUUAUUUGACAGUACGUAUACAGUAAUAGUAUACCCUAUACAUGGGAAUGACCUUUGAAAGUGCAGCUUUAAGUGGAUAGGAACUGCAAAAGAUGACCCUCACUACAGUACAAUACUGUAUAUGCUUUUCAGUUUGUUUCCUGUUAUAUUGAAGGAAUUAUAGGAGAUACAAUUAUUUUUGUUGUGUUGCAGCCAGUGCUCAGUAAUAAUCUAUUUCUGUGAAGGUAAACCCCAUUAAGGAAAGUAAAGUAUUGUCAUCAUGAAAAUUUGAUGCAUAUAAUGUAAAUUUUAACCUUACACGUUAAUUAACCAAACUGGUAGAACAAGUUUUCACCACUGUAUAUGUCGUCAUUUAGUAUAUACAGAGUAUAACAGAAAAUGGUUCAUAUAGGUCUUUUUUUGUACAAGAACUGUAUACAGAAGAAUAGCUUAUGCUAUGGUUUUUGUAAGCUAAAAUGCAGUGCUUUUACCAAGAUGAAUUUUGGGAACCAAAUGUAUUGAUUAUGAUGAUCGGAAUAUAGUUUGGAUUGAAUGUUACAAGUUUUAUUCUUACUCUAUUUUAAUAUUUGUAGUACAGUACAGUAGAGUAUUUUCAGUAGUUUGGUGUGUUUAUAAUAUAUAUCUUAGUAAUCCAGUUAUUUUAUAUAAUUCUGUUCACCUAUUCUGUUGAUUAGGUUGAACAUAACAAGGCUGUGAUAAAUGUAUAGGAUUACCAACAUUACGAGUAAAUGUGGAUCUAGUGGGUAAACCUUCAGGCUCUAAGAGGGUGAAGGGAGGGUAGUCUUGUUAUUUAUUUUGUUGGUGUGAAUGCUGACACAUCAGUUUAGUUAGGAAGCAUAUUGUUGGCUUUAUUGCCCAGACAUAAGUUAUUUGGUGUAAAACACUGGCCUGAAUGUAUAGUUUAUCUUCAAACAUCCAGGAUGAAUUAUACACUUUAUUUAUAUAAAUGUCACAUUAAAAGAAGCAGUGAUAUGAUUUUUGUACUUGAACCUACAGUAUAGAUAAAAAAAAUUUACAUAACUUCUUAAGUAGAAAGAAUUGUCCAUAUUUUCAGAUAAGACAAACCUAAAUUAUGUACUUUACUCCUGUUUCAUUCUGGCUGUGACCUCAAACACAAAAGUUAUGAGGAAAUCCAGAAUUGUAGAGUCCUCGAUGAUUAUGAGAGAACACACCUAGCUUACUAAUGCUCAGUUAUGGGAUUGUAGGUGCAACUGACUGCACUAUAGCUGUAUUUGAAGAAGUUAUGUACUCACUAAAUCUGUUUUGUAGAAGCAGCGGACAAAAUAACUCAUGACACAUUUUGCCACACAACAAGAAGUAUGUUUAGUAAAUGUAAAACUACAUAGUGGUAUGUUCAUCAUUGCACAACAUGUUAUUCAUAUAUGUAAAUACAGUGAUACCCCAUGUGAAGCUUCAUCAUCAUUUCGGGAUCACUAGUGGAAUUUUGUGUAUUCCAAGGCCUGGCGAGUAUAAUUAAUGCGAUAACGUUUCUGGGACCUGAACUGGCCAACUCUUCAGUGUGAUAUUGUACAUGCUUUUUAAGUUAUGGUUUGGAGCUUGAUUUAAUGAACCACCAUUAAGUUGAAUCCUGGCAGAACCAGGUGCAUUGAAACAUUGUAAAAGUGUUUGUAGACAUUUCACUUUAAUUAUCAUAAACAUAUGAAUAUGUUUGCUUAUCUUUCAUUGACAUGUGUGAAGUUGGAUUCAGUAGAUUAGUAACUUAAAAAGUUACAACAAAAGAGCUGCUAUAAUGUUUAAUUUGUAUAGUACAGUACUAUUCAGUGUUGCAUAAAUAGCAUGUAUUGUACUUAAGUCAAGUUUCCUCUUUACUGUACAACGUACAUAUUCCUGUAAUUAUAUGAAUGAUAAAUAUGAUUUCUUGAAAAUUAAUUCCAAAGAAAGUGGGUGCCAUGUUCUAUUUUCUAUACUGUACUCAGAGAUCAUAAGCAUCUAUAGUGGAACAAGGUUUUAUUUUGUUAGGUUAUAAAUGCUUUUUCAUAAUAAAAGAUUAGCCUCUAUAUCUACAUAUGUA